AUGGCCAAGGAAUACAAAUCGUCCAUUCCCGCGAUUCUUCUCCAAGGGACACUCUUCGAUAAAUAUGAUGAUGAAAGUACGUGUCUCGAGUUGAACGCCCUAGUGAAGGUGGAUGAAUAUGAUGAAUAUGGUUUCUAUCUUUAUUGGAUGGUCGACGGGAAAGAUGCUUUUGUGCUCGAUUUGGCUCAGGUGUGGGAAGCCCGACCGGCCGGUCAACCAAAAGAUGGCCGCGUUGCUUUCGAGUUGGAUCAAAGGGGUCCGCCAAAGGAAACUCUUGAGGAUCGAACCGUUUGGAUCACCUAUGGACAGGAUCUCGUAAACGCGCAAUCGAUCUACCUGGUCGCACAAGAUGUCGACACGGCAAAGAUUUGGCGAACUGGUGUCAACGACAUUUUGGCACGGCUGAAGAUCAAGCACGCCUGCUCGACGACAAGCUUAAAGAAAUACUGGCGAUUCCUUUGUCUUUCACUGAACGAUCGCCGAAAAAUCCCCAUCAAGAACAUCAUUAGACUUUUCGCGUCGGGGAAACCCGAGAAAAUGGUGCACAAAUGUUUAUGCGAUUUGGGACUCGGCGGAGAUAAGUACAUAAUCCCGGUGCUCAAGAAAGGAGUUGGCGCCAAAAUGCGAACCUUCUACAAAUGUCGAUCGGGGAGGAAAAGAAAGGAGCGAGAAGAGCUGGAUGUCGAGCUGUUCACUUUUGAGAAAUUCCUCCGACUGUACCACAAGAUUUGCCCGAGAACCGAUGUGCAAGAGUUGUUCGUGAAAUUAUCCGGUCAAAAGGAAUAUCUCACCCGUGAUCGUCUCAUCCAUUUCCUCAACGAUGAGCAACGAGACCCGCGUUUGAACGAGAUUUUGUUCCCGUUUUUCGACAACGAGCGAGCACAGAACAUGAUUAGGAAAUUUGAGACUGAUGAAACGUAUAUCCUAAACGGCAAAAUAUCGGGCGAAGCUUUCCUUCGUUUUCUCCUUUCCGACGAUAACGCGCCCGUGUUUUUGGAUCGGAUAGAGCAACAUCAGGAUAUGGAUCAACCAUUAUGCCAUUAUUUUAUCAAUAGUUCACACAAUACUUACUUAACGGGUCGACAAUACGGUGGAAAAUCCUCGGCGGAGAUUUAUAGACAGGUGUUACUUUCGGGUUGCCGGUGCAUCGAGUUGGACUGUUGGGAUGGGACAGGCGAGAAUAAAGGAGAGCCGAUCAUCACGCAUGGAAAAGCAAUGUGCACUGAUGUUUUCUUUAAGGAUGUGCUCCAUCAAAUCCGUGACACGGCUUUUAUGCGAUCGGAUUUCCCGGUGAUUCUCUCUUUUGAGAAUCACUGCUCAAAGUCGAAUCAACUUAAAAUGGCCAAAUAUUGUAUGGAAAUCUUUGGCGAUAUGCUACUCACAAAAGCGUUCGACGAUUUUGCGUUGGAACCGGCAGUGACUCUCCCAUCGCCAAAUCGAUUAAAACGAAAGAUUCUCAUCAAAAAUAAGCGCUUGAAACCCGAGAUCGAGAAACAUCAGUUGGAGCAAUUCUUGAGAGAAGGCAAAUUGGAUGAGGAUGAAGAGAUCAAUGAGACGCCCGAUGUCGUCGGUGAAGACGCCGUUUCACCACGGUGUACGGGCGAUGACGACACAUCGGACGACGACGAUCCCUCUGUCUCAUCAUCGGCGAACAGCCGCUCAAUCACCGCCCAUCCGUCAAUUCCACCGUUAUCCCUCCAUUCGUCAAUGAUGCGUCCGCCGAGUGGCUCGGUUCACGGGAAAUCCCCGAGAUUCUCAUUGAGGGGAACGAUUUCGAGGAAAACCCUCCCCUCAACCCCAUCAUUUCCAUCGACUUCCACAUCCUCCGGUGGACCGCCAUUAGUUGCUGGAGAUCAACGCGCACACCCGGAAAGAGAUCCUCACGGCACAUCCUCCUCCUCGACCACCACAAACCAGCUGACCGUGCAGUCCUCUUCAUCUUCUUCUCAUCAUCAAUCUUCUCAUCUCUCCACAUCCACUUCGGGCACUUGUCUCAGCCCUCCCUCUGUCGUCUCACAUCCAGCGGAACAACCGAGCAAAGACGCGGACGAGGCUCAUCCCGAGUUGAAACAAAGCUCGAAUUUCAUCACGAAAUUGAAACCGCUGGGCUUUGCAAAGAAACAGCAAGUCUUGACAAAAGAAGAAGAAGAGAGAAUAUUUGCCGAGUACAACUACACUGGUGAAUCGUACACUGGCGCUACCACAAAUAUCCAUCCAUUACUUUCCUCACUCGUCAAUUACACGCAUCCGGUCAAGUUCUCGGGAUUCGAUGUGGCUGAACAAAACAAUCUCCAUUUCCACAUGUCCUCCUUUUCCGAGUCAACUGGUUUGGGUUAUUUGAAGCAAUUCGCACCCGAAUUCGUCAACUACAACAAACGGCAACUCAGCCGAAUCUAUCCGAAAGGAGCCCGAGUCGAUUCGAGCAACUUUUUGCCUCAAAUUUUCUGGAAUGCCGGUUGUCAAAUGGUUUCCCUCAAUUUCCAAACUCCCGACGUGUACAUGCAGCUGAAUCAGGGAAAAUUUGAAUACAAUGGGAAUAGCGGAUAUCUUCUGAAGCCCGAUUUCAUGAGACGGCCAGAUCGAUCGUUUGACCCUUUCUCGGAGAGUCCCGUCGAUGGAGUGAUCGCCGCGCAUUGCAGUGUUCGGGUGAUCUCGGGGCAAUUUUUGUGUGAUCGCAAAGUGGGUACCUAUGUGGAAGUGGAGAUGUACGGAUUGCCGACAGAUACAAUUCGGAAAGAACAUCGAACAAAAAUUAUCCCAACAAAUGGACUCAAUCCAGUUUAUAAUGAGGAACCAUUCGUCUUUAGAAAGGUGGUUUUACCCGAAUUGGCCGUGCUUCGCUUUGCCGUAUACGAUGAAAAUGGGAAACAAUUGGGACAAAGGAUCUUGCCACUAGAUGGACUGCAAGCUGGAUAUAGACACAUCUCAUUGCGAACGGAAACGAAUCAACCGAUGUGUUUGCCCACUCUUUUCGUGCAUCUUGGCUUGAAGACCUAUGUACCCGAUGAGCUGAGCAGUCUUGUCGAUGCGUUGGCCGACCCUAAAGCCUAUUUAACACAACAACAGAAAAGACAAGAAGCUCUUCAUCAUAUGGGUGUCGAUGAUAGUGAUAUCGUUGAAGUGAUUCCCGCUGGCGGCAAAUCAAAUCCGAUCACCAAAAACAAAACCCUCCAAAAGGCGAAUGGAUCGACGGCAAAUCUGCUGAAUGAAAAUCAACCGCAAACCUCAGCGAGAAGCAUCACAAAUGAUGGUCAAACACCGACGAAUACCGGAAGAGCGGCAAAUGAAGUCGUUGAUAAGUUCAAGGUGGAUCCAAUCUCGGUGGAAGAGCUGCGAAGGGACAAAAGCUUCCAGAAAUUGAUGAAAAAGCACCAGAAAGAUUUGGAGGAAAUGAGGAAAAAACACCAGAAACAAGGAGGAAACAUCCGGAAACAACAGCAAACAACCGUCGACAAAUUUCUGGGUGACAAUCAACGAUCGCAGAAGAAAAAGGGCGGAUUGAGCGGGAGAGAUCACACACAAUUGGAGGAUCGCAUCUCCGAUCCACAACAAGCGGCAACCAAUCCACGGAUGCGCUCACUUGUGUCUAAUCAAACGGAUGAAUGGUCAUCGUUAUACAAAAAACAUGAGCAAGAGGAAUUUGAGAUGAGAAAAGGACAGAUCAAAGAGCAAUAUGAUUUGUUGAGAAAGCUGAUGUCCGAUGUGCAAAAGACGCAAAUGGCCGCAUUGAAGCAACGCCUGGAAGCGGAGAAUAAAGAGCUGAAGAGUUGCCAGACAAAGAAAUCAAUGGAAGAUGCGAAGAUUAUUCAAGUGGACAAGGGCAUCAAAACGAAAGCCGAACGGGAUCGCCGAGUGAAAGAGUUGAAUGAGAAAAAUUUGAAGAUGUUCGUGGAAGAAAGGAAAAGACUGGCGAUCAAAGCUCAAAAACACGAAGAGCAAUUGGCGAAGCGGCACCAAGAUCAAUAUGACGAAUUGGAUCGAGAAGCACAAAAGGUUGUCGAAGAUGAAGAGGUCAAUCAUAUAGAAGAGAAACUCAAAACUGCCGCAAAACUCAAUUCAACCGUU